AUGGGCAGUGGUUUACCCAUUACAGUUGGAAGUGGGUUCAUGGUUGUUGUUCCACUUGGAGUCAAACCCAAACCGCAAUUCAUAUACUUUAUUAUUUCCUUGCCAAAUAAAUCAGCCACUGCAGAAGCAGGUGGUGGAAUCCUUUCAAUUGUGCAAAAUGAAAUUCUUGAGGUUCAGGAACAUAUCACGUCGUGUUCCAAACAAAAGCAAGGCAUUGAAAAACAAAGCAUCAAGGUAAAGAUGCAGUCAAGACUAGCAGAAGCAACAAGAAGAGCUUCUUGUUCUUUAUCUUCAACCACUCGUUUUAAUAUACAGCGUGGAUUUUGCUCCGGCACUCGUAGCCGAACUGCAGACCCUGAAAUCCAUUCUGGGGAACUAGAAGCGGGUCCCAAAGUUCGCAGGGGACAACCCCAAGGUAUAAGCACAAAUGAUAAUGCGAAGAAUGCCGAGAUUGCUGAAACAGAACGCAAUGCAAGCAGAGGACACGAGAUGUUGAAGUCUCCAAAAUCUCCAUGUGAACCUUCCACGAAACUGAAGAGCGCGGGGGUGAACCAGCCAUUGGACCCAAUCAUUCAGCAGAAAAGGGAGCAUAGUUGGAAGGGUUUUGAAGAGGUGAGCUGUGCUGGUCUUGAUGGAACUCCGUGGCUGGAGGAUGAAAACAAAGGGGAAAAGGACAAUAAAGAUUACUAUAAGCACCAUAAAGCAUCGCCGUUGUCGGAGAUAGAGUUCGUGGAUUCACGUAAGCCGAUAUCUCGAGCCUCUGAUAAGACCGUGGAUUCUGGGAGAGGCACUGAUGUGAUUGGGUGGCUGCCGGAGCAGAUGGAGACGGCAGAAGAGACGCUACUGAGGGCCGCGGAGAGGUGGCGGCAACAGGCCAUGCGUGGCGACCCUGAUGCACCUCAUUCACGGGUUUUGAGGGCCCUUCGUGGCGAAGACUUCUGA